UCCCUAUGUUGGCUCGAGCCAUGGAUCCCGUGGAGGAGGAACUGCUAGUGAGUAAGACCCCUCCCGUCCCGGACACACCUAGGGUACAUGCAAAAUGCCACAACCGUCCACAUACCAGUCCACAUGUCCUAUCAGGAGCAUCGAAUCCGUCUACCUCCGGCCUUCAAACGCAGGACAGCAUGAGAACACAUGACGAAGAAGUCAACACAGGCAGAGAUAAGGACAAUAAGGAGGCAUGUGUGUCCGACUGGCUUUCAGGCGGACCCCUCGGCUCCAAAGGUGUGGUACUCGUGUUCCGAUCAUGUGUCCUGGCCUCCCGAACUCCCUCCUUGGAAUCCACCACCAAAUCCAUAGGACAAAACACAGGCACCGCUAUCUUAUUAAACAAAGCCAAACACAUGGCGAGACGACUAGUCCCCGAGCCCCACACGUUCAAACCCAACAACAUAAUGCACGAAGUCAUGGAGACGUUCGGCCACAGCAACAAGUUCGCGGGGCAGGCUUACGUCGUCCGACAUGUUAGUGAAUCAGAACUGCCAGAGACAAUGUCAAUAGAAGAGCAGGGCCACGAAAGCAGGGACGCGGUGCAUAAGAGGGAUAUAGAGGAUGUGUUGAACGAUCUGAGUAAGAUCACGCUGAAGAAACAUCUGAACAUCGAGAACACAACAGCGAACAUCAAGCCACCGGAAGAUCCCCCACCUCCCGUCGUCGAAGAUAAAAAGGCCAAAAAGAACAAAGGGAAAAACAAGAGAAAAACCAAUAUACAUAAGAAAAUUUCCGUAACAAAUCUACAAAUUGGCAGUCCAACAGAUAGCGACGAUUCGGAGCAACUAGUCAAAGAGGUGGACAGCGUCAAGGUCCUGGAAAGCAACUGCAUGCCCGCCCGGCUGCUCAAAAUCACAUACAAACUAGUCAACACUGAAACCAAACUCCUCCACCGAUUACUCCAAGCCCAUGGUCUAGUAGAGGCCGUGCCCGACGCCAGAGAUGUCAACCUCUUGUGGUCCGGAUUACACCCUAAACCAGAUGUACUAAGAUCUCUGUCGCCUUACCAACGAGUCAACCAUUUUCCGAGAUCAUACGAGCUCACACGCAAAGACAAGCUAUUCAAGAACAUAGAGAAAAUGCAAUACUUCCGCGGCCUGAAGCACUUCGACUUCAUACCCACUACGUUUCUCAUGCCGGCAGAGUUCAAGGAAUUGUGCACGGCGCAUUACAGGACCAAGGGGCCGUGGAUUGUGAAGCCGGCCGCUUCUAGUAGGGGACGGGGGAUUUAUAUUGUUAAUACUCCCGAACAAAUCCCAAAAGGCGAAAACGUGGUCGUCGCCAAAUACAUAGACAAGCCACUCCUCAUAGGCGGGCACAAAUGCGACCUCCGCCUCUAUGUGUGCGUGACGUCCAUAGACCCACUACUGAUAUACUUGUAUGAGGAGGGCUUGGUGCGGUUCGCGACUGUCAAGUAUGAUAAGACGAACAAGAAUCUCUGGAACCCGUGCAUGCAUCUGUGCAAUUAUAGCAUUAAUAAAUAUCAUACGGAUUAUAUCAAAUGCGACGACCCAAACGCUGGCAACAUCGGCCACAAAUGGACUUUAUCCGCACUACUGCGCCACCUACGAAAGCAGGGCCGCAACACAACAGCCCUCAUGGCUUCCAUCGAGGACCUGGUAGUCAAGUCCAUCCUCUCCUCGGCGCAGACCAUCACGGCCGCCGCCAGGAUAUUCGUGCCUAACUUCUUCAACUGCUUUGAAUUGUUCGGGUACGAUAUCCUCAUCGACGAUAUGCUGAAGCCGUGGCUUCUUGAGAUCAACUUAUCACCCAGCUUAGCAUGUGAGAGUCCUCUAGACGCACGCGUCAAAUCAGCUCUGUUAGCUGACACGCUGACUCUAGUAGGGCUCCCGGCCGUGUCCAUGGGGAAAACGGAGGCUGCGCCGCAGAACUCGCUCAAGAUGAGGAUCGGAGCGUGUCGGCGCGUCCAUUCCGCCGAGAACGUAUGCGCGGGCCGAACGAACAACAAGCCCAGCGGACAAACCGAGCCAGCGGCCUUGACCAGUGAAGAGUUGCGUCUAGUGCGAGCGGUGCGAGCGCAGUACGCCAGGCGGGGAGGGUUCGUGCGCAUCUUCCCCAGCCAGAACAGCUGGCAGAAGUACGCGCAGUACCUCGACCCCGUCUCCGGCAUCCCAGUAUGCUCUACCUCCCUCAACAACAACGUGCCCUACAACGUGGUCCCGCACAACUACAACUUGCUGGUGCACGCGCACGUGCUGCCGCACUUCGCGCACGCCACGGCCGCCACCAGCACCAGCCUCGCGCCGCAGCCCAUGCCCACUCCGAAUAGAUUAAAACGCUACGAGACUGUAACCAUAACGAGUACAGCGCCGGCCAUCAACUUGUCCGAACACACGCCUGCGCCCGCGCCCAGCGACUCGCGGCACGCUAAGGCACUUGUUAAGAAACAGCUCGCCGACGGAAUGAGGCUCACGAUGGGCGAAGUCCGCCGCGCCUUCGGGCUGUACCUGACGCACAUCCUCAAGCGCGUCUCGUGCCCCUCCAACGAGCUCGGCGCGGCGCACGCGGCGCUCGUGCUGCGCUUCCUCAAGCGCGCCUCCAACACGCUCCGGAUGCCUUACAAUGUAAAGGGCCCCUCAAUCAAGAUGUGCGACAAGGACCGCUGCGCUGUCGUCGCCAAGCAGCUGAACGAUUUCCUCUACAUGUACUAUCGGGAGACGGACUUGUACACCGACAGCGAAGACAGAGAGAACUGUGUGUCUAACAUCAACUUUGCACAGUUCCUUUAUUCUGCCAGCGAAGCGGACCUAGAAGACGUGCUCCUCCUCCACCUGAAGAUGGAGCACUACGUGACCCUAUUCCUGAGCGACACCCGAGCGCCGUACUGCGUGGACCUCCCCCCCGCCAAACUCAACGGCUCCGGCCGACACACGCUGCUCAAGUACCUCGCCUGCCUUGCACCCAUCAACACCAGGAGAUACAGACCACCCUCAGACUCCUGCAGCAAAGCCGAAGACUCCAUGAACUCCUCGAUGCCUUCCUUCACCGACUCCGACGUGGUCAUCAAAGAGUCCAUGAAACAGGAGAAACCGCUACCCCAAGCCUUGAAGUUCGCGAAGUCAUAGCAUAGGACCUUGAGGAACUUCACGCUACCACGCAUUAAAUCUUGAGGUUAGAACCUAUCACGCCACCACGCAUUAAGUCGUGAGGUUAGAAUACCUACUGCGAUAUGUGUGUUUCGGCGCUGUGGGCGUGACUACUUACGACGAUGCGAGACGUUUUUGGCGUUCAAAGGGAAAGGAUAACUUCUAUUUUAAGCGGGGUCGGGGGGGAGAAGGGGGAAGGAUAGGUUGUCAAGUCUAAUUAAAAUAUUAUUAACUAGGCAAAAUGAAUUAAUGUCCUUAAAAACUGGAUUGAGACCUCAAUAGUCCGGUGAAAAGCAAAUUUCGUCUUGCAUCCACAUUUGUCAUGAUUAUAACGUUGUAAUAUAUUAUUCAAAUUACUUAAAAGCUUACUUUAAAGAGUACCUACGUUUACAAUACAAGAGAGGAGGCCUUAUGGCAAUGACAUACUAUUUUAAUGUCGGGUGAAUAUGCAAUAAAUAAAUAAAUUUCAUGUGUGUGUUCCAUUUGAAUGCGUAUGUUGCAAAGUCAUUUUAAAAACACAUCAUCAUCAAGUCCAAUAAUAAAACAGAAUAAUUGAAUUCUAAGUAUUUUCUCUAAAAUUGGACUUAAUAAUAUUGUGUGGUGUUUUUCGGAAUCUCUUAGCUACGCUUACGUCGCUUUUAAACGGAUGUGAAAACAAUUAUUUACUAUAAGGAUAUAUUUAGUUGAUAAUACCACGUGAUAAUAAAGGUUUAAUGUAAAAUUAGGCCGCUAGAUGGCAGUGUUAGUACUUAAGGGAUUUUGCAAAAAAUGUGGGUAUUCUGAUUGAUAAAUGGUUGAAGGCAGUGGCUAUGAUUAAAGCGGAUUUCACAUUCACUGAUAUACAUGCUGCUCCGGUGUGCGAGGGGGACAUAGCAUAAGUGCAUCGCGCUCACUCGCCGGAGCGUCGUGCGGAUCCACAUGAAUGUGAUAACCGAGUAAAGCCAAAUAUCAUGAGACUAUGCAGUAGAUCUGGGUACUGAGGGCGCAGCACGGUUCCAUUUUUAUCGCCUGUCACUAUGCGCGUCCCUUUCGCACUUACAUACUUGUUAGAACGUGACAGGCAUGGUGACAAGCGAUAAAAAUGCGAUCGUGCUGCCGCCGCUGGAGACAGGCAAGGUAAAAGUUAAAUCGGACACGUUGUACUUUGUAAAAUAAAAUGAGAGCUUAGUUGAUUUGGAUGUGAAAAUCUAAAACCUCAGUCUAGUGACAUUUAAAAGAUAUAAAACCGCAAACUGAAAUAGAUGAAAAAUUAACCAAGACCUCCAGUGGCCGAAGGGGUGCAGCUGCUAAAAAAAAUGUGUAUGAAAAACUCUACAUCAGAAUUUAAAACCCCUCGACAAAGCUAUCUGCGCUAUCUAUGGAUCAACCAUCAUAGGUGUAUCACCAAUCGUUUCCAAAAAAUCGCACUCAAAUCAGUUCUAUGUUUGUGAGCCACGAUGACAUAUAUAGACACACCGAUUUUUGUGUUUGGGGGAUAAAAAGGCACCUAACGAUAGUUAAUUGGUAAAUGUAUAAGAAUCUCAAUCGGUGUGAAGUUGGUUGAAAUGUAUCUACUGUGUCAUAUCAGAUAGAGUAGAUAGGUAUUCAUUGGGCUAUCUGUUCAAAAAUUCGAAUUUUCUAGACUAUCUCUAAUUAGCUUUGCAUUAUCUUGGAAUAAAUAAUAUUAAUACGUAGCAAAAUUAUAUUUUUAAAUAAUAUAUAAAUGUAAUUUGGGAUUAGUGGGUAUCUCAACCUUUAUCGUUCUGAUAAUAAGCUGAGAUUUUUUUCAUUAAACAUACAUUAUGUUAUCUUUCUGUAGUUUACCAAAGAUAAUCGAAAUACCUUUAUUACCAAAAUAGCACACUCCACUAGAAGUAGCAUAAACAAUCAUAAGGUGCUCUAACGAUCAAAGGUACGGAUCAAUUUAGUUGUCCAGUACCAAAGUAUUACUUAUGUAAAACCUGGAUUUCAUUAACUAAGAAAUUACAGCGAAACUGACGAAAUUAGUAAUACUUUAAAAUUUAAAACUAACAUAUUGUAACGAAAUUUAUAAAUUUUCAAUUUUCGCAAAAAAGGUUAUGUGCAGAUAUCGGAUAUAUUGGCGAGAUUGAGGCGCUCAAAAAUAUCAGAACACGAGAUGUGCAUAUUACAAGAUUGAGCCCCUUGUAUAGUGUAGAUAUUUUUGAUGGCAUUCUGUAUUUCACCAGAAAUACUUUUAUGUAUUCUGUAGGGUAAAAGAUACCUAUACAGAUGUAGUGCAUAAUUAUUUUCCAUCGUAUUUUCACGGAAACAUACGAAUGUGUCUUGCUAUUUCAGUCAGUCUCGGACAAAAACUACUGAGGUUGACUGAAGUAGCGUGACAAAUACGAACCUUUCCGGGAAAAUACGAUGGAAAACAAUUAUGCACUACAUCCGUCGCUUCCCGUACUUAAGUGGCUUCGAUCAAUAAAACGAAUGUUUAGAGUGCUAGAGAAGUAGGGACAUGUAUGGACUGAGAUAUAACGAGCUAAUAACAAAGGUUGUCUCAUGAACUAUGUAUUUACUAUUUAGCCACUUUGCUUUUUGUUAUUAUUAUUUUAUUAUUGAGUGGAUCAACUUUUUUGUCUCCUGUGUCACUAUUUAAACCUAUAGAUUUAAAAGAUUUUUAUUUCACUAGAAAAUAUACAUUUUUGUGUUAAUUUUAGUCGGUUCCAUCACGAACUGCCAUGCGUUUGAUAGACUAAGUUACUAUUGUCUCCUGGGUAACGGGACAGAAUAUCAACAAUAUAAAUAGUUGAUUCACCCAAUUAGCCAACAGUUAUUAAUACUACAGUUGAUAACCCUUUGCAAUUACUUACUAUUUAGAUGAGUAUUAUUCAAUAUUAUUUAUACUCUAAUGGCAAGCUUGCUUCUAAAGCAAAUUUAAACACAUUUGAUUUCCUGUUAAGUAUAUUUUUGUAUUAUUAUAAUUUCAUGUUAGCAGUAAGCAAUAGCCUACCUACCAAAAAGAAUGAUAUCCGAAUUAAUUUGCAGUCAGUAUUAAAUACAUAGAUACCAGUAAAAUUUAUUUACAGACACGCAUGAAAGUUUUAGAAUAUAAACAUAUUUUUUAUUAUUAUAAAUAAUUUAUAUUUUGAUUCUGUUUGUAUAGCCGCGCUCGUUGCAAUUCUUAUGUACUCAAGUAGCUAACGCAAUAUAUUAGUGUUCAUUAGCAUAGGUACGAAGAUUUAGCAUAGUGUUAGUGAUGCGAAAACCGAUGCUAGUCCGGAUAGGUCACACCUAGGCUAAAGGCGCCAAAGUUUAUUUAUUCACAUCACUAAGCUUGUCACAGUACUAGUAUUGCAAGCAGUAACCGGACUUCCGCCUUUUGACCGCCACAGUCGGUCAUAGCCGGCAAAGAACAGUAUAAAUUUGAACCUUGAUACGUUGUUAUAAAGUUUACUAAUGCGUGUUAUAUAAAAUAGUCGUGGCCGUCAAAAGUUUAAAAUCCACCUUCGUGGUAUAAUUUAAAAAAAAUGCUUGGAAUACUUUUACUGACAAUCAAAAUUAGAGUAUGAUAAUUAAUUAUAUUUUAUUUACAGUAAAACUUAAUUCUGAUUACUUACAGCAAAUUGAUAUGUUUCGAUUUAAAAUUAUAAUAGACAUAAUAAAUUUACGAAGUAAAAUUGUACUUUAAAAUUGUACUUAACUAAUUGUACCUAAGCAUAUAAGAAAAUUGUAUUUACUGUAAACAAGUAUUUUUAGAAAUUUCCAUUAAAUGUGCAUUUUACCAAUUCAUCUAUUGAUUCGAGCUGUGGAGUUCAAUUAUUUAAGUACAUGAAAAAAGAGAUACAUGAUGGACAGAUUUUAUUAAAAUUUGUAUAAUCUUCAUCAAAAUGUCUUUGAAUUCCGUAUUAAUAAAGGUUUUAUGCUAAAAUUAUACUUUUGCAGGAGUUAAGUGUCAGUGGUGCAGGACACCAUUUUGAAUAACAUGGAUCAGUCUACAUGUGCAUAAAUAUGUACUUUCCAAAAAAAAUAUAGGUAUUUAAAUUAUACUUUUAGCAAUGUUUGCCAAGCUUUCCUCAAAAUACAAAUGAUAUAAAUAUUAUAUAAACCUAAACUGCUUUUUUAACAAUAUUUAAUACCUAUUUGGCUAUUUCAAUAAUUUAUUGGCUUGAUUUAUUUUUAAUUGAAUAUUCAUAAUUUAAACUACCUAACAAUAUGUAUACUCAAUGUCGAAGAAAUAUUUUAUAAAACAUGUUUUCCAUGAUUUGAUCUCCGUUAUUAUUUUAUUUGUAGGUAUAUGUAUAAUAUCAUGAUAAACAAAUUGAAUUAUUUUUAUGUCUUGAAAUAUUGGCCGAGCUUUGUAAUUGAUUCUUACUCCUUUGACGUGCCAUAUGCAUGAAACACUUUGAUUUGUUACCGUAAUGUUUUAGGCAUAAAUAUUACACUAUGUUUAAUGAAGCUUUGCUCCGCCGAGUACAAAAUGAUGAAUUUAGUAUCCACCAGAAAUUUUAUCUCAUAAGUACUGUGAAAUAUAUUUUGAGCUAAUAAAUUAAACAUUUCA